AUGACUGUCGUACUAACGAUCCACAGCAAAAGGUAUGUCUUCCUUACAGGUCAUUUGCAAGAGCCAGCCUAUCCAACUCACAAUACGCAUAUCAUUAUCAAGGUAUUCUACUGGUUUUCAGUACCUCAUGAUCGACUAUUUUUGGACGCUUUGGAAAGGGAUCUGAAGCGCGAGAAGGCCGGUCAAGAGCCGACAUCUGUUGUUGUUGGCGAGCCCGCCAGCAGUUUCAGAUAUGAUCCACAUCGAAGUCUUUACGAGCAAUUCAGCAGAUAUAUCUUGGAGCGUAAUCCAAAGUCUCGCUUGGUACCGACGCUUCAGUCUGCUACCGACGCACUCGAUACACACGCAGACCCCCGAGCUCUUGAUCUAUGUCACGUCGACGUGCAACAUGAUGCGCAAGUAUACUUUGCGCCCUUAGGCCAGCAAUCUAUCAUUACCUCACCUUCCAGAGAUACGAUGAACACUAGCCGCCGCCAUGGUAUCGGUCAUGUCAUCCCUAUGGAACCGAAUGUCAGUGUUGAUCCAAAUUCAAGGCUGCUGGGCCAACGGACAUCCCCUGUUCAGACUUACGAGACGGAGCCGGCGCCUUCACAUGAAGCAUUGACCGUAGGCAGCAGGAUAUUUGAUCCUUACCACCACGAGAAGCCCCCUCCGUCUGAUCAGAUAUUUCCACUUCAGGCCUCCGGGCCGUCAUCAAGUUUCGGACACGUUUAUGAUACAGCCUUCAAACUCGCACAGCAUGUAGCUCACUAUCAUGCUGUACGGCACCCUUCUGGGCCGAAGCGCCUUGUGGAACCCCCAUCUGCAGUGUUCCAAAACAACUUUCCUGGCCGCGAUUCCUCUACCUGGGUUGAGUCUUCCGCAGAUGAUGAUACCCCACCCCCUUCGCCGGAGGAAGAAGAACCAAGCACGUUGGCGGGACCUGCUACCGUGUCAGCUCAGAUGAAGUGCAAGGUGUUCAUCAAGCAGUCGCACCAGCAAUGGAAGUCUCUUGGCCCGGGUAAACUCAGGCUGUAUUCCCAGGCGAAAGGCAAUGUCAAGCAGCUGGUUGUGGAAUCUGAUUCCGCAUCGAAGCAGAUGCUCGUCUCCACCAUAGUAUUGACAGACGGGGUAGAAAGGGUGGCCAAGACAGGUGUGGCAGUGGAAAUCUCAAACAGAGGGAAAAGGACUGGGGUGGUCUACAUGAUACAGCUUAGGAACGAGGCUUCUGCGGUUGGUUUGUUUGAGAGUCUACUGGUAGGCAGUGAUCGUGCGGUCGUACGUUGA